CCUUUUCUUCUCCCAAACUUUGACUCGCCUUCAUCGUCGUUAUUUAGGGAACGUGCGUCCGUCCCGCCACCAGAGCUCGCGCGUGAGCAACAACUGACCAAAACGCGCCGCUCGCAUGCGCGUGCGCGCGCUYUCAGCAAACACGUGCUGUUUGUUCGAGGUCGGGACGAAAAUGAUGCGGAAGAAAAACACAAACUUCCCGUUUUGGAGAGAGUGAAGCGGCUCGUGAGAAAGUUUAUGAAAGAGAGAGAUGCGACCGAUAAUAGACGCACGCGCACAUACGCGCGGGUCCUUCCUCUCCAGGUCUGCUCUGAUUGGUCCAUCGGCGUGUCUGUUACCCKCGCGGGAGGCGGAGGCUGACCUGGAGUCUGAUCCAGGCUGCUUUACGCACAGACCGGACAGUCCACGCACGGAUUUCCACGGCGAGACUUUGUCCCGGAUUGGAAGAGUUGAGAAGAAGAGGAGGAAAGGAAUAAAAGAGGAAGAGGAAAAGUGAGUGGGAAAGUAAAAGGAAAACAGAGGAACAAGUGGUUUCCAGCUGGGAACUGUCCCACUCAUCCCACUUCCAGCGCCUCCAUGUCGCUCACCGGCUCUCCUCCGCUGCUCUCCCCGAGCUCGGGGACGCAAACUCCCGUCGGGCUCUACCGCUCCGCCCCGGAGGCGCUCCACACCWCCUCCGCCGUGUCCACCAGCACCUCCAGCCCGGCGCACAUCAACUCCAACUCCCACUCCCACUCGCUGUCCCCGUCCCCGCGGCUCACCAGCAGCAUGCUGAGCGCCUUCCUGCCCGGACCGGGCGGCGCCCUGGGCUCCCUCGGCGGGCUCGGCUCGCUGAGCGGCCUGACCCCCGGCUCGCCGGGCUUGGUGCAGACCUCSUCCGGCGCGGGUCUGUGCAGCGAGUGCAAGCUGGUGGAGGUGCACGGCGUGAAGGUGGCCAGCUUCAACGUGGACGGGCAGGAGCUGAUCUGCCUGCCGCAGGUGUUCGACCUCUUCCUGAAGCACCUGGUGGGCGGGCUGCACACCGUCUACACCAAGCUGAAGAGGCUGGACAUCACGCCCGUGGUGUGCACCGUGGAGCAGGUGCGCGUCCUGCGGGGGCUCGGCGCCAUUCAGCCCGGCGUGAACCGCUGCAAGCUCAUCUCCAGGAAGGACUUCGAGACGCUGUACCAGGACUGCACCAGCGCCAGCUCUCGCCCCGGCCGUCCUCCCAAGCGUUGCUCYGGCGCCGGGAUGCAGGAAAGCCCCCGGCUGCUGCACCCGGGGCUCCCCGGCCUGCUGUCCCCCAACCUGCUGUCGCACACCGGGCUGACCGCGGCCGCCAUGGCAGAGCUCCAGAAGCUGCAGAAGGUGAAGAUGAUGAUGAGUCUCCAGAACGGCAACGAGUCCGACAACGACGACCUGCACUCCAACACAGGAGGGAGUGAGUGUUCCUGGGAUAAAGAGCGCCUGACCAGCCCCCCUGCUGGAGCCCACAGCGGCGGAGGAGGAGGCGGCGGCGGCGCCCCGGCGGUGGGAGGAGGAGCAGCAGGAGGAGGAGGAGGAGGAGCAGCGGGAGGCCCUGGGAGGGGGUCCGCCUUAGGAGCCGUCAGUCAGCAGCAGCUCCAGCAGCAGCAGCAGCAGCAGCUACUGGCUAACAGGUUGGACCUGCCGUUCAUGAUGAUGCCCCACCCUCUGCUGCCCAUGGGGCUGCCGCCUGCGUCCGUGGCCAUGGCCAUGUCCCAGAUGAACCACCUCAGCACCAUCGCAAACAUGGCCGCCGCCGCGCAGCAGAUACACACACACGUUCACCGCGCACCUGUCAUCAAGGUAACACCAGCAGAACUGAUCGCAGAGCAGAUUGGUCUGUUUUAUUACAAAGAGACAUUACAAAACAACAUUAGGUUUUGUGGGUUGACUGGGUUUGUUUUGUUUGUCCCUCCAGAAGAGUCUCCAUUGGGUCAGACCCUGCCGCCCGGAUUUCCUGCUCCGUUUCUGUUCGCCGACGGUCUGUCGUCGGUGGAGACUCUGCUCACCAACAUACAGCGACUAACGAUUUCUGAUAAAACCUCCAGGAAGAUGAUGUUUGCUGCUAAUAUUCGGGUUGAUCUGGACUCUGUCUUGUCUCUGUGUUUCAUACCAGACGCUGCUGUAACCGAGGACAAACCUGAACUUAAUGGAAACCAGCAAGACAACGGCGCUGUACAAGAGUCCCGGGCGUUCCUGAAGACCCCCAUGAUGUUCUAGACCGAGCAACAAUCCUUCCUCCUCUUCCUGUACAAACUCCACCAGCCCGUUUCCACGACAACCACGACAUCCACUGGACUACAUCACGGCGAACGCAAACCCCAGACGUUCCGUUUCCUUUCCCACACGGAUACAAAACAAUGAGACUACUAAGAGACACACUGGACUUGUUUUGGGGUUCUCUUUGCUUCCUCUUUUUAGACGGACCUUCCUGCGCUCAUUCCCGUUCUUCGGAAUUCAUUCCAGAACUUUUUUUUCCCCUCCCAGAACCUGACGGGACGCGUCGUCGCUCCCGAGAAAACGGAACAGGGCCGAACACAACUCRCGUUUGGAAAAGAAAAUAAAGGGACUCAUCUGUGAUUGGACAGACUGACGGGGAAAACGGUCCAAUCGUGCGACUCAAUCUGCAGGAGGCUCUUCCUGAUUGGUCCUCACUUCCGGUUUUAUGGGGGGGAAAAAAAAUAUAUAUAAAGACUCAACCUCAUUGGCUGAUUGCUGGAUCGGCCAAUCAGAGGAAAAGGAUUUAAGUAUAAAAAGUUACGAGACAAAAACACUGAAGAAGAACUGGAGGAAAACAACAACUAUAAGAACGCAUGGGGAAACUUCUGACGGCUAAUUUUACACUUUGAACUCUUCAUCCUCUAAUAAAACCAUUUCUGCUCCUUUUUUCUUUUCUCUUCACAUUAAACUGCUUCUCUGCAUGACUCCUCACUCGUUUUCUCCUCCUCUCUCCGUUUUUUAUCCCGUCGUUUCCUCGGUGACGGAGGCGAUGCUCUGAAAAUGUCGGCCGCAGCUUUUYGAUGUGUAAACUAUUUUCUAUUCCCCUUAAAAAUGUGGAAUCGGUUUCUGACGUGAUGCAAAAACUGUAGAAAAUCGUUUUUACUACAAUGGAGUGAUUUUUAAAACACGGUACAGUAAAAUCUGCUCCUCGAUGUUUUUCACAUUUUAUUCCAGAAAGCAGAAAAAUAAACAGUUUCUGGUGGUUAAAACAGGAGAACGCUGAAGCUGCCCUCAUGCAAACUUCUUUUCGAUGAUUUUGGAUUAGAAAACAAAUGAACCUGCAUUUUCUGCAGGCGUUGAAAUCAAGCGCUCCUCAUCUACAACCAGAAACCUUUUUAUUUCCUAGAUUUUCAGACCUACUCCGAGUGCAGACUGUUGUGUUGACGCUUUGUUUAUUCCACUGCGUGUUUUGUUCAUUUGUUGAUUUUCAAACGUGUGUGUGUGUGUGUGUGUGUGUGUGUGUGUGUGUGGGACGAAUGAGGGCGGGGAAUCGGUCAGGGUGGGCGGGGCUUGGGCUUAAAGGGACAUACUGUGUAGAUAGAAACAACAUUCAGCAUUUUGUUUGUUUUCUUUUCUUCUGAUGAUCUCGGUCUGUCACUGUUCUCUGGGUUUGAAAUGACUGCAAAUAUACAGUAUUAUAAUGAA